AUUAAAUGUAAAAAUCUCAAUUACUUGUUCUUGAUGUUUUUCGAGGCAUAGCAAAUUUCCUUACAAUAAAAGAAUUACUUAGUCUUUAGACUAUUUCAAAACAAAUGAAGGAUAACGUUUAAUUAGCUUUGAAAGCUCUGUUAGCUAGUAUUGGAUUAAAUAAUCCAAAUACAACCACACCAUAUAAUAUAAUCUUUCGUACAAUUUUUGGACGUGAGACUUAUUUUUGGUCAUUCGAUGAUAGUGUAAAACCUUUUAAAAGAAGACAUAUUCUAGGAAUGCCAGUUAAAUCAAUGCAAAUUGGAUUAACUUUUACUGGUAUACUCACAAUUCAAAAUCGUUUAUAUGUAUGUUUAUCCUAAGAGUAUCAAGAAAUCAUCAAUCAUAAACCAAAUUUUAUUAUAAAGUAAUUAAAUGAUUAUAAUUAUUUUAUAGAUUAUAAGUUAAACAAUUUUCAACAGCUAGCAAAGGCAAAUACAUUUACUUAAAAGAAAAUGGUGAUUUGUUUGUUGUAUUUGAAAAUCAUGAAGAAUAUUUGAUUGCUAAAAAUGUAGAUUUUUUUGAAACUUCAUAUUAUUAACUCUCUGCCAUAUUUACUAAUCCUUAAAAAAUACCAUAAUUACCUUCUGAAUAAAAUAGAGCUAUCCUUUAUUAAAUAUAAGACCUUACUCCUUAGAAUUGUGAUUAAGCACAAAAAUACAAAUAAAUAAUUUUACCUGAAAAUGAAGUAAUUUAUUUAUCUUAUUUUAGACUAUAACUUAAAUUGCUAUGGGAAGCAAUGCUAUUUAUUAUCUGACUCAGACUUAAAAAGUUUAUUCAUCAGAUACUAAGAAUGAAUAAGUCAUUGAUCCUAUUAUUAAAACAGUUCAUUAAAAUUACUUUGACAAAAAAUCAAUUAUUUCUAUAUAUAGUGGUCUCAAUUAUUUCUUAGCAUUAGGCAGAGAGAAAAUAAAAUCAAUAAAGGAAUGGACAAAUGAAGAACUCUAAAUAUGGCUUAAUAAAAUUGGAUUUUCUGAUUAUGUUAAUAUAGUAAAAUACAAUGAAUACACAGGUUAAGAAUUUUCUAAAUAAGCUGUCAAUUAAGAUUUCUAAAAAAACACUCUUGGACUUACUAAUGCUGAAUUAUAAAUUAAAUUAAGUACUGAAAUUACAAGAGCCAUGGAAUUCUAAUAUAAAGAUUAUUAACUCUUUGGUUGGGGAAAGAAUGAUUUUGGUCAAUUAGCAGCACCUCUAUCUAAUAAUCUUUAAUAUACAAAAGUUUCAUUACCAAAUUUAGAAGAGGAUGAUGAAAUUAUAUAAAUUGAAUGUGGAUGGAAAAAUGUAGCUAUUUUAACACAUUCUGGCAAGCUGUAUUUAACUGAAAAUUAAUAGAAAUAAUUAAAAAGAGAUAAAGACAUAUAAUAAUAAUAACAAUUAUAAUAACAAUAAUAAUUAUAAUAGGAUGAAGGAGGAAAGAAAAGAAAGAAGAGUAGAUAAGAAUAAAAAGAUUAAAAAGAACCUGAAUAAUUAAUAUAAUAAUAAUAAUAAUCAAAACAUUGGAAUGAUAUUACCAAAAUCUUUAUUAAAUCAAAGUAAGAUAUAAAAUAUAUUAUUUUAGUGAUAAAAGAGAAUAUAAACAUUAUUAUGUAAAUUUAAGCAAAGAUUAUUUAGUUGUUGUUUGUUCUAUUUUUGACAAGAAAAUUAUGCAAAACUAUUUCCCAGAAAUGUUAGAGUAAAAAGAUAUAUAAAAGAAAUUUAAACCAACUCUGUAAGUUAUUGAUAGAAUACUAUGGGAUACUAAAUUUAAAAAAGAGGAUUUUGUUGUUGGAUAUGAAGAUAGAUUUUUAGGAAUUAUGGAAGUUCCUUUUACAGACUUUGUUAAUAGUUAAGUUAAAAGUCAUAGAGUUCAAUAUUUUAGACAAAAUGGUAAAAUUGUAUGGGAUAGACCUCGUAGGAUCGAUUUAUUAUGAG